GUCAGUCACGUAAACAAAAUAAAUUUGAUUACUUUUAAUCUAAAGCUGUAUAGCUAAUAUUGAAAUACUUAAUGUAAUUAUAGUUAGAAAUUUAAUUACAAUAUAUUUAUCAAUUACCAAGAAAUGUGUAAACAUCUCAAAUCAUUCGAUCAUCCAAGCUAAAUCAGUUUAAUCGCUAUUUUUACGUAGAAACUUUAAAAUAGGUUUUAGGAAAUUUUACAAAAAUGUUUUCUGCACUCAAAAAGCUCGCAAAAAACAGCGAUGAUCGCUGUCCAGCGCCUAUGCCUAUGUCUUCUUCGUUGCAAAAGAAAUUUUCUAGAGGAGUACAUUUUAAUAUGAAAAUAUUAAUAAAAGGCGAUAGAAACGUAGGUAAGUCCUGCCUUCUUCAGCGACUACAGGGUGGUCCUUUUAUUGAAGAUUAUGUACCUACUGAUCAAAUUCAAGUAGCGCCUAUACACUGGACUUACAAAAAUACAGAUUAUAUUAUAAAAGUUGAGGUGUGGGAAGUGGUUGAUAAGGGUAGAACCAAGAAAAAAGCUCCCAUGGGACUAAAAUUAGAGAACCAGUCCUCACAAUCAGCUGAAGAUGGCUAUGAAACCCCAGUGCUAGAUGCUUCAUUUUUGGAUGUCUACAAAAAUGCUACGGGUGUAAUUUUAAUGUUCGAUAUUACAAAACCAUGGACAUUUGAAUAUGUGGUGAAGGAAUUGUCCCAUGUACCUGCUGAUCUCCCUGUAGUUGUGCUUGGAAAUCACUGUGAUAUGCAACAUCAUCGGCAAGUUCAUCCCCAUCAUAUAGAACAAGCACUUCAUCAUGCUAAACUCAUCAGGACGGCGCCGGUACGAUAUGCCGAAUCUUCAAUGAGGAAUGGUUUUGGUCUGCGUUUGUUACACAAGUUCCUGAGCAUACCCUUUCUUAGGCUGCAGAAAACAAGUUUAUUAGAGCAACUGCAAAGAAACCAGAAAGACAUGGAGGAAAUUGAAAAAGAAUUAGAUGAUUUCCAAAGUUCGGAGGAGUCUCACUACAAUCUGUUCUUAGAUCGUUUAGCGAAUAAACGGAAACAAAACAAUGGGCAGUCUGAACUACGACCCAGUAAUGAUAGGUCACCGAGUAUUGUGUUGGGAGCUGGUAAACCAAUAGUGCCACCAAAUGUGAACCCACUGAUAGCACAAGCAAUUAAUCCCACUAAGUCACAACUUGAUGGCUCUAAAAAUCCGCAAGUGCAACAAACUCAGUAUGUAAACCCUGAAAUGUUACAAUCUAAACAUUUAGUUAGUAUGGAUGUCACACCAUCUCGGCCCCAUCGUGACAAUGAAAAGGGCAAUUCGUCAGCUCCCAACGCAGCGUCGACAGGAACUUUGGAUGAAUUCUAUGCUGGAACGCUGGAUAGUAGCUUUUUAGACGAUCUCACGCCCUUGCCCACCGCCAAUCAUGACGUCAAAUACGAUAGUGACAGUGAUGAUGGGACUAUGACAAAUCCAAAGGUUACAGUAGAUGAAGAUGAUCUUGAUGUGGACACAAGUGCCUCAGAAAGUUCGAAAGGUCCGAAACUAUCAAUUGACCACACAUUUACGUCAAUACCUAACAAAGAAGCCAAUAUAGAAAAGUUAAUGAGCCAUACAUCAAUCAGCAAAGAGAAUUACGAUAUUCCAUUACAAAAACCUGUGGCCUCAAAAGAUAAUAUUGAUCACAAAUUAUCCGUGUUGAAUAGCAGGCAUAGUGACAUGCAGUUGUCGAUGGAUAAUGAUUUUCCGAUUUGGGCUGGUGAUUCCAGUGCAAGAAGGUCCCCUGAAGGUGGAGAGGAUCCUGAUUUAGCUAAAGAAACUAACAUCAAGGUGGAAAAGAAACAUAAGAAAAAGAAGUCUAAAGAUAAGGAAAAAGAAAAAGGUGAUCACACCGAUAAAUCGGAUCGUAAGGAAAAGAAACAUAAACAUAAGAAGUCGAGAGUUGAGGAAAAUUCAAACCCACAGCAAGAUUUGCUAGCACCCGCCUCAUACAACGAAUUUAAUUAUGAAGAAUAUGACAGUAUAUAACAAUUUUUUUUUGUCAACGAGCGACAUAUUAGUUAUUCAGAUUUGUUUCAAUUUGUUAUGAGCUCUUAUUUUGUAUGUUAUGCUUAAAGCUCGUGAAAAUUGCAUAAAAUAUUCUAUAGCGAGCAUAACAAAAGAGCUGUGAAUGCGCAAAAAGUAACCGUAAGGGAAAUGAGAGAGCACCCCUCAUAUUUCCGUACCUUACACGGAUGCUAUUCAUAAACCGGGAGAACAAGACUUACACUAAUUUAUGAAUCCCUUAUCUGAAGAAGAUAGUUAAUUGAUUGUCUUUAACUUAAAACGAGUUUCACUAUUUUUAUACGUCAUAUAGUUAAUAUGCAUUAAUUUGUUAAAUUGAUAAACAUACCUGUACGUAAUAAACAACUUCUAGGGCUAGAUCAUAGAUAUAUGUCAGUAAAAUACAUAAUGAUAGAUUCACAUAUACUAAAGCUGGAUUUGGAUUGCUAUAGUAUUCUCAUUAGAACAAUAUUUUGGUUACCAGGUAAUUGAUAUGAUAUGAUUAUGUAGUACUUUAUUGUUUACAUUCCUAAUAUAAAUUUAUUUUAUUAUCUGCGUAUAGUCAUAUUUAUUAAUAAGAAUAUAGUCUAUAGACUAGCGUUACUUUCUUUUACUUCGUGUUGUAUAACCAUGAAUUUAAAAGGGUUAGUUGAAGAUGUGAAAACCAGAUAUCUUUUUUAUAAGAGAAGAAAUCUCGUUGUCGGUAAAAUACACUUGGUUGGGAUAUGGCAAUUUUGUAUGUAUAUUGCAGAAUAUCAUCUGUAGUUGGUACACUUAACUUGUCAUGAUGGUUCGUCUUUUUUGGAAAUAAGAUAUAGUUGUAUGCUUAUACCACUUUAUAUAAAGCGUUUGUCAACGAACAUUACAAAUAAACAUUUUCAUAUGUAAUUCAACCAUGCUAGAAUAGUAUAAUUUGUGCUUCGUGUGGCGCUAAAUGGCGCUGUGUGAUAUGUUCAUGUGUUUUUAUGUACUAAUAAAUUAAGUUUGAUGUUAUAAAAUAUUAUGACUAACUUUUAAAACGUUUAUAUUAAUGUUUAAGCUUUCUUAAUAAUAUAUGCUACUUUUAUAUCAUUAAACGCUAAUUUUCAUGGUAAAGUUUGCAAACACUUGGUCGGUUAUCUCUUAAGACUUUUGCUGUAUCUUAUUUAAUGUAUAUAGGGUUAGUUAAAUUAAAGUACAAGCCAUUACUCAGGUAGAAAAUUCAUGAAACUGAAGUACUUCACCAGAAAAUUCUCAUAAUAUUUAUUGAAUUUUACAUUAGUAACCGCAUUAUUUUGAAAGUAUAGAAACUACAUAUUUUCGAUUUUCUUGUUGAAUGUUUUUCAUUUAAUGAAUGACUGACUUUUGCCUCUCUUAUUCGCUUUAUGAAUAAUCCUGUAUCUCUUAUUGGUAAUAUUACCUCGAGAUACUUUAAUCUCGUAAAUUUAGUUAUUGAUCGCUUUGGUUUGGUUAAAUAUAACGAACCUGUAUUCGUAUUGAUUAAUCAACGUACCAGAUAAAAAUAAUCUGUUAUCUACAAACCAUCCGGCUGUUGACAUCCUUGGGGACGGGAAAUAACCGCCAACGUAAUUUAUUGCUAAUCGUGAAGUAAUGGGAGGAUGAUAACUUUAUGCUUUGCGUUGAAAAAGUAAAAUUUUUAGAAACGUCUUUUGAAAAUAAGUAAACAUGGCACGACACCAAAACACCCUGGUCCUCAUUAAAUUGAAAACAAUAUUUUAUUUGUAUAUCCAUUAUAGAAAAUUCUCGUAUCACAGUGUUUGUAACAAAAGCAGUCCUCCGAAGCGGCUUGACCGAUUCAUAUGAAAUUUGUAUGUUCAUUUAUUCAGUAGGUCUGCGAAUGGGAGUUUUCAUGCGCCUAAGGAUUUUUAGUUUAUUUUUUAUGAUUCGGCAUAAAAAAUACAUACAAUUCUAAAUUUGCACCCUUAUACCAUAUCGCCUAUUUUUUAAUAACGUUAGAUCAUCCAUUAAUGCACAGUUCAAUCCACAUGGUCAGAAACUUGAAAUUUUGACAGUUGAUUAAAUUUAUGAUGAAAUAUUUUAAACCCCUAAAGGGGUAGAUAAGUAAGAUGGUCGUUUGAUAGGAAACCCGUUAUUUAAGCAAACUUCAAAGCAUGAGGAUCCAACUUUAGGCUUUUGGUACUUUUAUAAUCUUAUAAGGACAUGACGUGAAAAAUAAGACGCCCUCAUCGUUAAGUAAUUUAAAUUGUUAUUGCAAUCCAAUAAUUGUUAUUUACCAUAAGUUCACUAAUUAUAGCAACCGUCUUCUCAUAUUGUUUUAAAUGGGCCUUUAGCAUAUUGCUGUUAGUAAAUGAACUUAUUAUUUUGCAAAGGCCAACGUAAUAACGGCUUUCAAAACUUGAAAGCUUUGAUAAUUUUAUUGUGCAAUUAUAAAAUGUGUAUAACAUAUAUUAGAAUUAAUAUAGCUAUGUAUAGCUGUUACCGCAAUGGAAUAUAUUACUGUUGUAAAAUGUUGAAGCUUGUUGUAAAAAUAUAAUAUUUUUACUGGUCA